ACCCAGAGCAGUUUGCUGUCCCGGGCCGGCCCACUACUCUCCCCACCGGCUUCCAGGCUCCACUCUAUCUCACCAUGGAGAGCCGCAGUGUCUUUUUAACGUGUUGUCUAAUUCCACUGUGCAUAAUAUCAGAGAUCAGCAGUCAGGUUAUCUCCGAGCCGUAUGACUUUCUGUUCGACACGGCGGUGGACGCAUAUUACAAGAACGACUGGAUCUCGGUGAUCCUCAACAUGGAGAAAGCGCUGAGGAACAACGCUGCUGUCCGGAAGGCGAAAGUACAGUGUCGGAUAAGCUGUGCGAACCAGACCACUUUCGGCGAACCCACGGCGGGCCUGGGUGAUCCCACACCCGGAGCUGAAUCCGUGGAGGACCUCGUCUUCUUCCAGAAGAUCUUAAAACGAGCCGAUUGCGUGAAUUCCUGCGAGACGGAGAAGUUGGGCCCAGCGACUCUGCACAAAAUCGGAGAUGAUGUGAAACUGGAGUUCAAGAAAAGGACGCCGUACAACUAUUUGCAAGUCGCCUACUUUAAGAUCAACAAGCUGGACAAGGCCGUGGCGGCAGCACACACCUUCUUCCUUGCCAACCCAGACCACGUGGAGAUGAAGCAGAACCUGGACUACUACAAGAUGAUGGCGGGGGUCCGAGAGGAGGACUUCAAGGACCUGGAAGCCAGGCCGCAUAUGGCGGAGUUCCUGCUGGGAAAGCGUUACUAUAGCGACGACUCGUUUGGCCUAGCGGCGGAGCACUUUGAGGUUGCGGUGCAGGAGUACUUCCAGGCCGACCGGGAGUGCAGGGUCCUGUGCGAGGGGUCCUACGACUACGACGGCUAUAACUACAUGGACUACAGCGCGGACCUCUUCCAGUCCAUGACGGACCACUACAUGCAGGUGCUGAGCUGUAAGCAGCGGUGCUCGGUAGAGCUAGCCACCACCGCUGGCCUCCCUAAGCCCUUUGAGGACUUCCUGCCCGCCCACUUCAACUACUUGCAGUUCUCCUACUACAACAGUGAGAAGUACGAGAAGGCCAUAGAGUGUGCCAAGACCUUCCUCAUGUUCCACCCGGAGGACGAGGUCAUGACCCAGAACCUGGCCUACUACUCUGCUGUCCUGGGAGACGACGUGGCCCUCACCCUUACCCCCAGACAGACGGUGAAGCAGCACAUGCAGCAGUCCCUGCUGGAGAAAGAGCUGCUCUACUACGGCUAUGAGGUCUUUGGCCUCGCCUUUGUCGAUCCGGACACAUGGACGCCAGCGGAAAUCAUGCCUCAGAAGCUCAGAGAAAAGCAGAAGACAGAGAGGGAGACGGCAGCUCGGAUCACAGAGGAGAUUGGAAACCUCAUGAAGGAGAUUGAGAACCUGGUGGAGGAGAAGAACAAAGACUCAUCAGACAUCAACAAGAUGCCUUCCAUCCCUGAAGGGGGCCCUGUGCUCUACCAGGACAUCCAGGUCUCCAUGACCUCCAAGCAGCUGAACGGCUCCCAGCGGGUGCUGCUUGACGGGGUGAUCAGUGACGACGAGUGUCGAGAGCUCCACCGCCUCUCUAACUCAGCAGCUCAGAGAGGCGACGGCUACAGGGGCCGCCCAUCACCCCACUCACCCAACGAGUUGUUCCAGGGAGUCACCGUCCUCAGAGCUGUCAAGUUGGCGCAGGAAGGCAAGGUGCCCCUGAAGAGCGCUCGGCUGUUCUUCGACAUGAGCGAAAAGGUGCGGAAGGUUCUGGAGUCCUACUUCCGCCUGGAAACACCCCUCUACUUCUCAUACUCCCACCUGGUCUGCCGAUCGGCCGUGGAAGAGACCCAGGAGGAUCGCACGGACCCCAGCCACGCUGUGCACGUGGACAACUGUGUGCUCGUAUCGGAGAGCAACGAGUGUAUCAAAGAGCCACCGGCAUACACACACAGAGACUACAGUGCCAUUCUAUAUCUAAAUGAUGACUUCGAAGGAGGGGAUUUCAUCUUCACCAUGUUGGACGGUAAAACGGUCACGGCCGAGGUGCGCCCCCGCUGCGGUCGUGUGGUGGGCUUCGGCUCAGGGAAGGAGAACCCUCACGGCGUGAGGGCCGUCACCAGGGGCCAACGCUGUGCUGUGGCACUGUGGUUCACCCUGGACCCCGUCCACGACGAGAAGGAGCGGAUCCAAGCCCAGGACAUGCUGACCAUGUUCUCCACGCCCGUCGACCACGCGUUCACUGGUACUGGGGCCGAGGAGCUCAAGGCCACGCCCCCCACUGAGGCUUCUCCCCCUAAGGACCCUGAGCCAAUGGCAGCAGAGCCCACUGAUCCACCCCGAGACCUGCCCAUGGAUACUCCAAAAGACAUGCCCCAAGACCCGCCCAUGGACACACCCAAAGACCUGCCCAUGGACACUCCAAAAUACAUGCCCCAAGACACGCCCAUGGACACGCCCACAGAGGAGAAGGAGGAGCUUGUGAUAUUGCCUGAUGCACAGGUUGAGAAACCAGCAGAUACACAGAAGGAAAAGGCAGACGAGGAAGCAGCCAGCCAUGAAAAAGAAAGCAAAGUCAAAACUGUGCGCAAAACAAAACCCAAAGCCGGAAACAAGGCGAAAGCCAAGACCGGAAACAAAGUCAAAGACCAAUCCAGGACCAAGGUGGAAGCUAAGAAACAGCCUGCCAAAACAAAAGACAAGCAGGCCACCAAAAAAGGAUCUAAGGCACCUGUGAAAAAGACGACAAAAUCUAGCACCAAAGAUCAAUCUAAAAAGUCAGUUGAUGAUGAAUCCGAGAAAGAUAAGGAUGAACUGUGAUCAAAAUGGCACUGUAGUAUUUGUAUUUGUAUUUUCUAUUUAGUUAAAAUGUAUUUAAAAUUUUACAAAAUGUAUUAAUAUGGGAAGGCAAAGUUACAAUAUUGUAGUGUUAUAAAAGCUGUUGUUUUUGGAUACAUUUUAAACCCGAACCAUGUUGAAAUACAAAGGACUGCUGUGUUGUUACUGAAUUAAAUCCAAUGAACUAAUUGAUAGUUAA